UCGCAAUGUUUGAUUAAUUAUGAAUUUUUCCUCGUUUCUUUUGCUGUCUUUUUGCCAAUUUUCAAGCGCGAUUCCUGUACUUGUCUACGCAAUAAGUACGUAGAUACGCGUGUUCGGGCGGUGAUCUCUUUUUUUCUACCUCUACGUUACUAACGACAAUAAAUAACUGAUCUCAAUUACGUUGCAAAAUAUCACGACAAUACAGCAAUGGGCACAUCUUGAUCGUUAUGAAUAUGUGUCUAUAAUCUUAUAUCAUACGUUAAAUUAUACAAUUAAAUAAUUUAUUCGAAAAAAGAGGUAAGUGCCUAUGAUCAAAGAAGCUCACGCUAUUACCGAAACUGUUUAUAAGUAUCAAGAAAAAUUGAACCAGAAUCGCCAUAUCGUUUUGCAAACGUGGAUCGCCUGAUCGACAUAAGUCAAAGAUCGACCGUAAAAUCCCGAAAAUUACGCCGUAAGAAAUUGAAGCCACAAAAAACGGCCGACGGCUCGAAGUCGGUAAUGGCGAACGCGAUGGUGGAUUUUCGCAAGGAAAUUCAAAAAGAGGGAAUCCAAAAUGUGCCGGUUUCGACAACGGCACCGAGUUCCGCACCCCUGCAGGUGCAGUCUCACCAAGGAACCACGAAUCCUCCGAUGAGACCGAGGUCGCUUUACACGGCUCACAGCUAUCACGCCCAAACUGACGACUCUAACUUUCAGAGGUACACUGAGUUUUCAAAAUACUUUGAAACACCACCGUCGGAUCAAUGGGGAGGCGUGACUGGAAGCGGGACGUUUUCGUCGUCAGCAGCUAUUUGGCGUCAGCCGAGGAAUCCAAAGCCAAUAGCAACGCCUUAUUACGCGACAGAGGAAGCCUGCGUCUACACUGAAAAUUGGCGAGAGCAUGAGACAGACACCGGAGCCGGUGGAGCUAUUGCAACACCUCAUGGAAUAAUUUCGUUGAGACUUCACAACAGGAUCAGAGUCGACAUGACGAUUGACAGGGCAGUUAGAGUGAUUAAUUUCAAGGCAGGUAUCGCAAUUGAAAAUGAAGACAAAAAAUUACCAGGCAAUUUCGAAUGGUGAAACCAAGUCUAAUUUGUUCGGAUUAUGCUUUCCUUCCUCCUAGACCAAUUCUUCAUUCCUUAAAUCCUCUGUCCUUCCUACUUAGAAUAAUAUUGUUCUAUCACUGAGCGGAUCCGGUGCCGCGGCAGCACUUCUUCACCCCAACGGAAGGAUUUAUCAGUAUGGAUCACGGGUUGAGAUUCUGGCUCACGACACCCAUGGAAACAACAAAUAUGCCAAAAUGUGGUACAAGGGCGUCAGCUUCACCUCAGAACAAUGCGCUUUGUUUUACCUGGUUGAUACUGCUGGAACGAGAACAACUACCGACACAUUUUCCGACAUGAGUCAGGACUUUUCUCUGAGCGUCUUUUACUCAGAAUCUCGACAUGGCCCAGCCUGCGUUCAGGAAGCUACAACCGCCCUUAGCGCCGCUCAGUACUGGCUAACCGACGAAGGAGUUGAAAAUUGGAUAAUAAACAAUGUCAGAGUUUCUCAAACUCCCGACGGACUCGUCAGAAUUGCAAGAAAUAGCAACAAGUAUCAACUCCGUACGUCACCAAGCAACGGCACGGCGUCUCUUACAACUCCCUUUUUACACUGCACAGCCUCUUUGGGACAAACUUCGCACCUAUUCGUCCGCAGGGGAGAAAGACGCAUGCAUUACGAUGGAACAAGUUUUAUAGUCCGAAACGCUGGGCACAGCGCCGGCUUCGACGACAACAAUCAAUUAAAAGUUUACUAAACUAAUUGUCAUAAAUUUGGUUGCAUGCUGCUCAGGCGAUUAGAAAUUUAUUUCGAGAUUACUUUCUAUUGGUAAGAUAUUUUUCUACAUGGUUUGUUUCGUGAGGAAGAGGGAGCUCAGCAUUUGCAUUAAACAUUGUAUUCAUUGUGCCGCGGAAUUUCGGCUGGGGAAUUGUUACGAUACGUCAAGUAUUAAAGUUAACACGAUCGGCAAAAAGAAGAUCACGCUUGAAAUAUAAUUAAAGCAAUGAUGAACACCUAGAAGAAGUUUAUGAACGAAGAAGAUGAAACGAGUCUUAGCAGCGAUUUUUUAAAAGUUAGAAAUUUAAUUGAAUUCUUUUCAGAAUAAUAAGUUUAGUAAUUUAAUUGAUAUCCCCUUAUUAUCCGUGCGUACAUGCAGAUAAUCUGGUUUUUUCUCUUCCAUUUCAAGAACAUUACAAUUUUAAGGCUUAUUCUUUCAAGGAGCCGCUUGUUUAAUGCAUGAUUCAUAUUUACAUAAAUGAUAUUCUCUACACCGAUGUGCACUUUUUAAUAAAAAUAUAUAAAAUUAAACGCAUCAAAAUUGUUGGUAUGUAAUGUUAGAUACUGACUUUAAUUAUAAAAUGUCGGGCUACUUCAACAGCUGAGGUAUUUGCAGGACAAAUUUUAUUUAUUCAGAAUCCGAAGAUUCUUCAAAUCUCUCUGGUAAAUUAGGAUUGUAAUUAUCCAGUCGAUUAAUUUCUAACUCUUCCUCAUCUGAUGAAUCAGUGUCAAACCCAUGUCCAAUUUUCGCUCGAGAUUUGUCUGGGAAACUUUUCCUACAAUAUAACAUUGGCAAAUAUCUUACCCAGUUUAUGACAAAAAGAAAAGCAGACUGGCAUUCUAUUUUACUGAACACAGAUCAAACAAGUGGGAGAAUCCAAUCUGACUAACAGUACCUUCUAAAAAAAAAAAAAAAUCAGCAGGCAGUGACAGAUUAUUGAUGAUAAGCAUAGUUAAAAUGUGAUUUUAACAAAACAGAAA